UUUACAACAGGUUUCUUGAAGAAGGUAACAACACUCAAAAUUGAUGAAAACCAGUUAAUUUACUUGCCGGACUCUAUAGGAGGGUUAAUAUCAGUAGAAGAACUGGACUGUAGUUUUAAUGAGAUUGAAACAUUGCCUUCAUCUAUUGGGCAACUCACUAACAUAAGGACCUUUGCUGCAGAUCAUAACUUUCUAACACAGUUGCCACCAGAGAUAGGAAACUGGAAGCAUGUAACAGUGUUGUUUCUUCAUUCUAAUAAGCUUGAAUUUCUCCCUGAAGAUAUGGGUGAUAUGCAGAAAUUGAGAGUCAUCAAUCUAAGUGACAAUAGACUGAAGAACUUGCCCUUUACCUUUACAAAACUGCAGCAGCUCACAGCUAUGUGGCUGUCAGAAAAUCAGUCUAAACCACUUAUCCCUCUUCAAAAAGAAACUGACCCUGAGACACAGAAAACUGUGCUUACCAACUACAUGUUUCCCCAGCAGCCAAGGACUGAGGAUGUUAUGUUCAUAUCUGAUAAUGAAAGCUUCAACCCAUCUUUGUGGGAGGAACAGAGGAAACAGCGUGCUCAGGUGGCUUUUGAAUGUGAUGAAGACAAAGAUGAAAGGGAGGCACCACCUCGGGAGGGCAAUCUGAAGAGAUAUCCAACUCCAUAUCCUGAUGAACUGAAGAAUAUGGUCAAAACAGUCCAGACAAUUGUGCACAGACUAAAGGAUGAAGAAUCUGCAGAAGAUACUGCCAAGGAGUCAAAACGAGAAGGCCCAGCAGUUUCUGUAAAAGAUGUGGGGGUAAAGACAUCAGAAAUCGCUCCAGUUAAAAACAAAGCAGAGGAGAGAAAGCAAUUUUUUGUGCAGAAGCCUACUGAACCAGAAGCUGAGCACAGCACUGCAAAUUCGCAGAUGACUGCACUUGUUAAAACCUUAAAGAACACAAAAACAGUUGUCAACCAUGAAGACACGCUCGAGGAGUCAGAAGAACUCUCCUCUGAUGAAGAGAUGAAAAUGGCAGAAAUGCGGCCUCCAUUGAUAGAAACCUCAAGGAAUCAACCAAAAGUGGUAGCUCUUAGCAAUAACAAAAAAGAUGAUUUAAAAGAUGCCGAUUCCUUGUUGGAUGAGCCUACCCACAAUAGCAAUCAAAAUAACAGCAACUGUUCCUCUCCUUCUCGAAUGUCAGAUUCAGUUUCCUUAAAUACUGAUAGCAGCCAAGAUGUUUCUCUCUGCUCUCCAGACAAAGAAACGCCUGCAGCUGUUUUAUCCAAAAUCAGACGAGAAGAUGAAAAUUUGAAUAGUCUUCUGCAAAAUGGAGGUGAAUUAAAUAUUACAGUAGAAGAAAAAAUAAAUGUGCAAGACAAGGUUACAAAUUUGUCUGAUUAUGAAUUAAGCGUUGAAGAAAGAUUAGGCCUGAUAGGAAAAGGUGUUGAUCUGAACACUCCUAUCGACGAGUCUCACAAAUUAGACCAAAUAAACAUGAACAUCAAUAAGCUGGCUAGUGAAGAGCCCGUACAAGUUCCCAUGGAAAGAUUAAAACCACAGGAAAUAGCAUCAGUAAAAGGGUUUUUGAAUAACAAUGUGAAAGAAGAAAACGAGCAACUGGAAAAUGGAAAUAAAUAUCCUAUACAUAAAGUAAAUGGGCAUCCUGAGGAAGCAGUAGACUCUCCCAUUAGAGAAGUAAUGCGCAGCACUACAGUUGAAGGUGAUUCACCUGUUGAGCUGCCUGUUUCAAAAAGCACUGAAAAUCUGUCCCCCCAGAGAAGUGCUUCUGUGGUGAAAUCGCACAGCAUCACCAGUAUGGAUCCUGGGGCUCUGAAAAUCUAUGACAUUGUCAAUGACAACGGACCUCAGCAGCCAAACGCAGCAGCUAAGUCAGUGUCUAGUAGCACAGAUGGAAAAAAUAUAGUGAGGAGUAAAUCCGCUACUGUUCUGUAUGAUCAGCCUUUGCAAGUUUUUCCUGGAUCAUCAUCGUCAUCCGAUUUAAUAUCGUCUACAAAGACAGUGUUCAAGUUCGACUCGAAUCACAACCCCGACGGUGCUAGCGCGGUGCGAGGGUCAGUUGCGAGCGGAGCCCCGCUGUUCUGCGCCCCGCAGUACAACAUCCAGUACAGCAGCAGGGACUACUUAACCUACAGGGAUUUGCAUUCAGUGGGAAGAGCUGCACCCGUCAUGUCUGGGCAUCAGAGACCUCUUUCUGCCAGGACAUACAGCAUUGAUGGUCCAAACCUACCCCGACCUCAGAGUGCUCGACCCUCCGUGAAUGAAAUACCAGAAAGAACUAUGUCAGUUAGUGACUUUAAUUACUCACGGACUAGUCCGUCAAAGAGAUCCAAUCCGAGGGUUAACUCUGAGCAUUCUUUACUAGACCCUCCAGGAAAGAGCAAAGUCCCUCACGACUGGAGGGAACAGGUGUUGCGACACAUCGAGGCUAAGAAACUAGAAAAGAGCAUGCUGUCUAGGUCCUUUAAUUCCACUUUGGCUGCGGCUAGCAGCUUUGCCCCUGGCAGCUCUAGGGAUCUGCAUGGCAGCCAGGGUAGUGUUGUGGACGGAAGAGCUGCUGCUGUGCACAUUGCUCGACAUCCCCAGGCUUGUGCUCCAGGAGAGCACUGCCCAGAUGAGGUGUUCCUCUCGGGACAGCAGAAUUACUCGUCUGCCACCCUCAGCCUCAAAGAUCUUCACCCGGACAGCAUGAAGAAAGUAGCUGUGCAGGUACCUUUGACAAAUGGACAAAUGUGCCAGCCUCAAAGACCACAGGCCAACUACAGCCAAGUCCAUCACCUCCCUCCUCAAGCGUCAGUAGCAAGACAUCCAUCUAGAGAGCAGCUGAUUGAUUAUCUGAUGUUAAAGGUUGCUCACCAGCCUCCCUAUGUACCAUCCCAGUGUUCUCCCAGACAGAGCCAUGAAUUGGUCAAGCAAGAGAUUCGAGUGAGAAUUGAGAAGGAUCCUGAGCUUGGAUUUAGUAUAUCGGGAGGAGUUGGCGGCAGAGGAAAUCCAUUCAGACCUGAAGAUGACGGUAUAUUUGUAACAAGAGUGCAACCCGAAGGACCAGCAUCUAAGCUAUUGCAGCCUGGAGAUAAAAUAAUUCAGGCUAAUGGCUACAGCUUCAUCAAUAUUGAUCACGGACAAGCAGUAUCUUUGCUAAAGACUUUUCAGAAUGCAGUGGAGCUCAUCAUUGUGCGAGAGGUUUCUUCAUAAAUACUGUGGAUAUGGGGAAAAAGCCAACAAGGUUCAUCGGAGACUUAUGGGGAAUUGAAUAUUUUGACUAUUUUUAUAUAUGAAAGGGACUUGAACUAUGAUCAAAAUUUGUACAGGAGAUGAAAUAUUGAACUUGUGGUUAAAGGGGGAAAAACCACUGUAUAGAACAUACAGGAAAUCAUUUUGGAAAUGCAUAUGGUGAAUAAACUUGUUUUUAAGCAUUAUAGCAAUCUAAGGAUCACUCCUCCAAGAACAAACCUGUGUUGUUUUUUUGUACAGAUAGUAGGUUUAUUUUUGGAUAAUUCAUACACAUUACUAAACUUUGUGCAAGGCUUUGAGAAGUCUGAGGUUGUAGCCCAUGGACAGAUGGCAGGGCUGUCUGUCCUGUAGCUCUUUAUUGCCUUUCUUUUUAUUCACCAGAUAUUAAUGUGUUAGCAAAACCACUUGUGUAGAUGUGGGCAGGAGAUAUGAAACGUUGGCUUUGCUAUGUGCAUGUUGUCCAGAUGAACGGGUAGAUGGAAGGUGGUGCUGGUUGGACAGAAGAAAGGCCGGGUGAAACAACUAUUUGCUAUCUAAAUCUGGAGUCAAGAGCGAUGAGAAAUGGUGUAGUUCUGGCGUGUACGUCUACCAGUAGAAAAUGCAAUAACAGCUUAUGGUGUUUUUAGGAAGACUAUAAUUACAAAUUUGUGAUCAUCUACAGGAUUUGUUCUAAAGGUAGUCAUUGAAUAUUCAUUUGCC